CUCCCUUCCUCUCUGCAACUGAACAGUGAAAAUUCACAUUGUGGAUCCGCUAACAGGCACAGAUGUCAUGUGAAAGCGCACAUGCUCUGCCAUCCACACCGCCUUUCUUUCUUUUCUGUUUCCUUUUUUUCCCCUUGAUCGUUCUCACUCUUCUUUGUAACUAACAAAACGACCACCAACUCCUCCUCCUGCGGCUGCCCUUCUCCUCCUCAGUCCAAGUGAUCACAAAAGAAAUCUCCGAGCCCGAGGCGGUGGCAUUUUUUUAAUAGCAAGCACACUGGAGAGAAAGAAAAAAGAAACAAACAAACAAACAAACAAAAGCAAAACAAAACCCAGGCACCAGCCAGCCAGGACAUUUUUUUUCCACCCUGCCUGAAAACAAACAAACAGCCAUCAAAAACAGUCAUCAGCAACAACAUCAAAACUGUUAGCAUAGCGGCGGCGGCCACCGUCACGCUGUGGCCACGACGUCUGCCUAAAGGGAUGCUUCUCUCGGCGGAUCAGCUCUUCGCCGAUCGCCUUCUUUCCUCGUGCUGAGCAGGAUUUUUGGGUUCUCUGGGGUUCGGGCUGGGAGCUUCAUGACUACGAGGAGCAGGACAGCGGCCACACCAUGCGAGCACAAAUUGAAGUGAUACCAUGCAAAAUUUGUGGCGACAAAUCCUCCGGGAUCCACUACGGCGUCAUCACGUGUGAAGGCUGCAAGGGAUUCUUCAGGAGGAGCCAGCAGAACAAUGCCUCUUACUCCUGCCCAAGGCAGAGAAACUGUUUAAUUGACAGAACCAACAGGAACCGCUGCCAACACUGCCGACUGCAGAAGUGUCUUGCCCUAGGAAUGUCGAGAGAUGCUGUAAAGUUCGGGAGAAUGUCCAAGAAGCAGCGUGACAGCCUGUAUGCUGAGGUGCAGAAGCACCAGCAACGGCUGCAGGAGCAGCGGCAACAGCAGAGCGGGGAGGCAGAGGCCCUUGCCAGGGUGUACAGCAGCAGCAUCAGUAACGGUCUCGGCAACCUGAACACCGAGACCGGCGGCACCUACGCCAACGGGCACGUCAUUGACUUGCCGAAAUCCGAAGGAUAUUACAGCAUAGAUUCUGGUCAGCCGUCUCCCGAUCAAUCAGGACUAGACAUGACUGGAAUCAAACAGAUAAAGCAAGAACCUAUCUAUGACCUCACAUCCGUACCCAACUUGUUUACCUAUAGCUCUUUCAACAAUGGGCAGUUAGCUCCCGGGAUAACAAUGACUGAGAUCGAUCGAAUUGCACAGAACAUCAUUAAGUCCCAUCUGGAAACAUGCCAGUACACAAUGGAGGAGCUACAUCAGCUGGCCUGGCAGACCCACACCUACGAGGAAAUAAAAGCGUAUCAAAGCAAGUCCAGGGAGGCUCUGUGGCAGCAGUGCGCCAUCCAGAUCACCCAUGCCAUCCAGUACGUGGUGGAGUUCGCAAAGCGGAUAACAGGCUUCAUGGAGCUGUGUCAGAACGACCAGAUUUUACUGCUGAAGUCAGGUUGCUUGGAAGUGGUUUUAGUGAGAAUGUGCCGUGCCUUCAAUCCAUUAAACAACACUGUUCUGUUUGAAGGAAAAUAUGGAGGAAUGCAGAUGUUCAAAGCCUUAGGUUCUGAUGACCUGGUGAACGAAGCGUUUGACUUUGCGAAGAAUCUGUGUUCCUUGCAGCUGACUGAGGAGGAGAUCGCUUUGUUCUCUUCUGCUGUUCUGAUAUCCCCAGACCGAGCCUGGCUGAUAGAACCAAGAAAGGUCCAGAAGCUUCAGGAAAAAAUCUAUUUUGCACUUCAACAUGUGAUUCAGAAGAAUCACCUGGAUGACGAGACCCUGGCAAAGUUAAUAGCCAAGAUACCAACUAUCACAGCAGUCUGCAACUUGCAUGGGGAGAAGCUGCAGGUAUUUAAGCAAUCUCAUCCAGACAUAGUGAAUACACUGUUUCCUCCAUUGUACAAGGAGCUCUUUAAUCCUGACUGUGCUGCGGUCUGCAAAUGAAGGGGCUGAGAACUCUCAGAGUCAUGGAAUGCAUCGCCGUUAAGACAAAAACAAUGUGUUCAUGGAGACUUAAGAGAAAGGUCACUACUGCAACAUUAGGAAUGUCCUGCACUUAAUAGAAUUAUUUUUCACCGCUACAGUUUGAAGAAUGUAAAUAUGCACCUGAGUGGGGCUCUUUUGUCUGUUUGUUUGUUUUUGAAAUGAUCAUAAAUAUACAAAUAUAGGACACUGGGUGUUAUCUUUUUUAAUUUUAUUCGGGUAUGUUUUGGAGACAACUGUUUAUAGAAUUUUAUUGUAGAUAUAUACGAGAACAGAGCCGUCCUUCACAUGACUACUUUUCCUGCUGAUUGUUCAAAUAUAAUUUAAGAAAAUUCCACUUACUAGGAUUUACCUACUUCUAUGUUUUUAGAUAGUUGAUGCAUGUGGAAAUCUGUAACUGUCUUGGAAAGUACUGUGCAUGUAUGUAAUGAAUAUAUAAUAUGUAAGAGUAUUAUAUAUGACUAUUACGUAUUCAUGCACUGUGGUUUCAAAUGCCAUGCCCGCUAGCAAUGGAGGUCUGGUCAGGCUCACACGUGAUUUACUUUCUGUUAUGUGUUACUUUUAUGUCAGACAAUCAAGAGUUUGGUUUUUUUUUUUUUUCCAGCCAGAGUUUUCAUCCACACAUAACAACAGGAUAGUACCCAUUCGGAAGCAAAUCUACAAAGGAAUCGGUGUAGCAUAUAACUGCUUUCUAAAAGCUCCGUUUCUGACAAUGACUUCAAAGCCCUGUCAUAAUGGCACAUAGGGUUGGGGGUGCAAUAGGAUUUGAAAUCAUUUUCCUGUUUCACAAAUCAGUCUGUAAACCAGACAAUAAUGUUUCCUAUUAUUCGGAAUACAAAAUAUUGGGAUUCCCCCACCCCCCGUUUGGAUUUGGAUUUCAGAUUGUGAAAUUCAACUUUGAUGCUUAUUAUUUCUUUAACAAAAAAAAUCAGUCUAUAGAUUAUGACCACCAUCAAUGUUUUCGGAAAUAUUAGACUAGAAGUAUAAAACAGGGUCCCAGUGUUAUUUUAUGUAAAUCCUGUCUAGCUAUCUUUUCCCAAAGAACAGAAAGAAAUAGAACACGCAAGGUAAAGAAGUUUUCAUUAAAUUCAUACUCAUUAUAAUUUGUUAGAAAACAUGCUAAUAGAAAGGAGAACGCAGUCUAGAGCCUGGGGCCUCCAAUUUUUUCAACUUCAAAAUGCUAUAUAAUAAAAAUAGAGCAAAAGUUCAAAAGAUUAGAAAAAAAAUGCUUUGUCUAUGAGACUGAUGUAUCCCAAAGCCCAAAUCCUUUCCUACACAGAUUUAAAGGACCUCCUCUGUCCACACUGGUUAGUUUUUAGCCACUUAAAAGAACAGAAUGAAAGGGUGACCUCUACAGUUUCUUCAUCUAUGAAAUUAAGUACCAGAAAGCAUGGGCUUGAAGCCAUUUGUUCUUCCAAUUCCUGGAAGGCCUAGGCCUUCAGUGUGAUCUAGUCCAAACUAAGACUUUCAAAAAAGCAGCUAGGGGACACAUUUGUGUAUGAGACACCAAAAGCUAUAAUGUACUGUAUGUGUGGCACAGGCCCCAGCUUAUAAAAACCUGCUCUGUUCUCCCUGGACACACACACGCGCACACACACACGCACGCACGCAUGAACCUACUCUGUAAAUCUCCAUUAAUAGAAAAUUUGGAAUUUUGCUUGUUUUAUUUCUUUGUUUUAGAUCUCUCACAUUCUCCUAAAGUCCUUGGUUGAGAGUCAUCUCCAGGAUGCCUCGGAACUCUGGCGGAUGAUCUAAACAGUACUGUUAGUCUUUCCUUUUAGAAAACAGAGUCUUUUCUCACCUCAUGAUUGAUGAAUUCCAAGCCAUUGGGGGAAAACAAAAAGGCUUUAAAAUAAUGAAUCUCUUUUUCAGCCACUGUUAUAUUCAAUUAAUUUAACUACAUUGAACCAAAUUACCUUUGGUUCUGAGAAGACAGCUGUAGACCGCUUAUUAUGCCGCUACAGGGACUCAGUUCUUUUCGGUGUAAAUGUCACUCUUGCUAGCUCUUUGUAUAAAGAAUUAAUUCCAAGAGUCAUAUUUCCUUCUAAUGGAAAGAUACUUUUCUGAUUGCUAGGAAAACAGGGUAAUGGAAGGCACUCAAUUGAACCAAGCCACUUCCAAAUGCAAUGUAUGUUUUAUGAUUGGCUUGUGAUAGGCAAGGCUUACUGUGUCUACUUGGCGUUCCCCUUUGAGCUUUGAACUCAUGUCAAACUUCGUUUUCACUGUUCUGUUGGCUCAGUGUUUCCCAUUGUCAGCCUGUAAAUCCCACUCGGCUGCAAAGGGAAUCAUUUGUUGCCUCCAGUUUACCUUAGAGGAUUUUCAUCGGCUCAAUUGAUGAAGUAGCUGAGAAUUUUUUCCUCCUUUGCCCCACGGGCGGUGUAGGAAAAAGAUUGCUCCACACAUUUGCCUCAGGGGGUACUGGUUUUGAAAUUGUGUCAUUUCCACUAGUGCUAGCAUUUCACUGGGACAGCACGAACCUUUGAAGCAGAGGGAGAGGAAGCAGCUAGGAACUGAACCAGAACCAGACAGUGGUGACCAGUCCAGGCACAACCCACUUUCCAUCCAAAGGAGAGCGCUCCAGUUUUGGCUGCGGUUGCCAACUUUUCCCUUAAAAGAGAAUCAAGUCAUGUUUCUAAUGGUAAGAAAGCCUUUAAACACUGCCCUUUGAACAUCUCAGUGCCUGCAUGAAAUUUCAGUAAGAAAAACUCUCCUUACCACACACAGUCUCCGCAAGCUGUUCUUCUCCUGAGACCUGGCCGAGGCUCACAGUGUGCUAGGAUGAGGUAUACACUGGAAGAAGGAACUGGGGUCUGUAGUCUCCGUCAUGCCUCAAGGAUGACAAUCACUGCUUGAUGCAGAUGUUGCACUGAAUCUGCUCAGGGAUGUUUCACUAAAAAAAAAUUCAUUGAGAAUGUGGAAGGGAUAAACGGGAAAAUGACAAUAAAAUCUACGUGGCAUAAGUUGAACAUGCCAGGGAGAGAUGCUCUCUAACAGGCUUCAGACCAGUCACAAUGGCUUCAUGUCAGAAAAUGAAUGGUCCCCCCCACCCCUGCUUUGGACCUGCCUGAAAGUUUUACACAAGUAAAGACAUUAGUUUCAGUCUCUAAAAUGAGCAAAGAACAAAACAACCAAGCUGCCCUGCUUCUCUCCCAAUUAAUCCAGGCUUCCUGUGUAAGUCCUGAGCAAAAGAAAUGCAGAGAUCUAACUGUCAACGGACAGAGCUGACAGACUAUGGGGGUGACAAUUCCAGGGCAUCCGGACUCUGUAAAAAGAAAGGCAAAAUUUGGAGGGAGAAUCAGAGAUUUCGAAUCUGGGUUGACAGUUAUGAAUGGCUGCGCUGUCUGUGGCUUGGUCUAUCUUUGUGUCAGGUUUUCUGGGGUGCUCUUAUUCCCAGGUUAGACAUUGAAGGUCAGGAGAUUCUUUCCAGGCACACUUUCCACAUUUUCUUUGUCUUAAUACUUCCUUCAGGGCUCUGGGCUAAAGGACCUCUAAGUAAAAAGCAGAGAAUAUUAUGGGCUUAAGGUGAUUGGAUUCCUCUGGCAGUAUCUGGAAGACUCUAGAGUGUACCAACUGGAUAUUAACAAGAGGCAUCAGGGGACAUCAGUGUAUUUCCAUCAUGACUGCCUUCUCAAGCAGGUUACGUCCCAGCAGUCAAGUUAACUAUUUGGAGAAAGCCUUGAAGAUGCAUGGCCAGUUCUCACUGGCUCUCCACAAUGCUGCACGUAAGGGGUUCCAAAUCUAAAACAACUCUUAGGUCCCAAGAACAACCUAAAAUGUUUCCGUUGUUUGGUUGUUUGGUUUUUGUUUUCUUUUGUUUGUUUUUGUUUUCUUUUUUCUCAAAACCACCAGAGACAAGUAAUGUCACUGUCGUUCCCAUCCUUAGUCUCUCUUCAUUCCAGAAGCAGGAAGUAGUUGGCUGCUGUCCAAAUCAUUUUUCCUGGCUCUCUCUCUCUCUCUCUCUCUCUCUCUCUCUCUGUGUGUGUGUGUGUGUUUUAACUAUUGUUUCUAAUGAAAUCACGACAAAAAGCAGCAGGCUCAGGCAAGGAUAUCUCAGCUCUGACAGGCACUGAAUGGUAGCAGUAGCUCUUAAGUACGUGCCUGAGGGAAGCCUCUGCAGAGUCCCUUUAUUAAGAGGAGGGAAACGCCACCAAGAUGAAGAAGUGAUAUUUGAUGUUCUCUUUGCAACUGCUGGCACAUCCGUAGCCAGAAGAAAGGCCUGGUCUGGGGAGUCACGGAGUCUUUUGGAGACAGGUUGCUAACACUUUUUCUUUUCAAGAGAAGUAUGUUUCAGAACCAGAGAUGCCUGCCUGUUUAAAUCAACAGUUGAAAACUCAAAACCCCCAAAGUGGCAAGGAGUGGAUGCAAAUAAUGUUGCAGUCAUACUAAGCUGGCAAGGAAAUGCCCUACCUACGAUAGGACAGCCACAAUUCAGCCGAGGGUGCAUGCUGACUGUGCUUCUGAAUUAUAUAAGCUGUCUCGGGUUGUAAAUGCUGACAACUGACUCUGAGAAUAGUGCAAAGCAAACAAAUAGAUCUCUGAGCAGAAGAGGCUCAUAGACUGUCAAUUUGCAACCUCCAGUUGAUAUCAAAUAUCGGAUCUAGAGGCUAUCCUGCUAGAACCAAUCAGGUCAGACUUGACGGAGGGUGACAUUGGAAGUAUGCUAGUACAGAGGGAGAGAGGAGAGAUCUUGCCCUUCUCAUUCUCAAUUUAGUUUCAAUAUUUACUCAUCAUUAUUUCAAGAUAUAAUAACAGGUGGCUUGAACAAAAUAACAAUCGAAAGAUGAAGGCAAAUCGGCAGAAUGAUGGCUUACAAAAGACACUUCCAUGUGUCCUGACAAGUUCCGCCGUGAAGGAGCCGAGAGAACCAGAUUUCUUGUCCAUUUUUUUCCUGAAAGACAGAUGUAUAACUUUCAUGUUUCCGAGCCUGUCCAUGUGUCCUUAAAUGUAUGGCUUCAAAUCUGUGACACUUUCUCACUGUCUCUUAGUUAGACAUUUCUGAGCAAUUUAUUCUAUCAUGGGAAUAUCCUCGCCCCCCUUGUGCUAAAGUGCGGGUCACAGGUCCCUACACAGCAGGUGGGACUGUCUGACUGCGCACAUUUUUCCCUAAGCGGCUGAAACCCCCCACCCCCCCGCAGGUGAACUGGUCACAACAACCAUUGCUUUCUGCCUGACCAAAGCACAACCUCCAGGGGGUCAGAGAGGUCAGGCCAGUGGUGGUUCUCACAGCCCAAGCUAAAGCACAAAGAUUACUGGAAUUAAAUAAGCCCAGCGAGGGGAAAUGCAGGCUGCCUUGUACCCCUGUUGACAGCAUGAGGCUCACCUCACUUACGCUCUGGCUGUGGCUAAUGGGGACCCCUCCCCCGUCGCCAGCACAGCCGUACAUAGACCCUCACGAGGAAUGUCUGAAAGCCACAAGCCCCACACCCGAGCACACCACCACUUGCUUCAUCCCAUUAGCACACGCCCAAGAGUGAAAACCACACCCACAGAAAACUGAGUAUGUAUUGUAGAAAUGUAGAGGAAAAAUAAAAACAUAUUUUUUCAAAUGUAAUUACUUUUAAUAUAUGCUUGUGGGAGGUCUAAUACAAUGUAUGCUGUCUCUGCAAUUUUUGCUGUAAAUAUCUAGAGACGGUGAAUACACUGAUUUUUCUAUGUCUCUGUUUAAGCAUAAGACUUUGUAACAAUUUUUUAGAGGGGGGUAAACAACAAAGAUAAAAUAUGUACUUGCUUCCCUUCUGAGUGUUAUGUACCUCUCGGUUUUUUAAAUGGAAAACGGUUGUAACGGUUUAAGCAUCUUGACGGGUCAUCGGUGUUAAGUAUAUGCUUCUUUUUGUAAUACAACUAAGAAAGGGACAGGGCUAUCAAUUAACCGCUCCAAAGAAUUCCGUACUGAAGAUUGGCCUAAGGCCUGCAAACUCCAGCUAAACUGGCAUAUAUGAGAAAGGGACGCUUAAAAAGAGACCCUUGUCUAAGUGACGUCGUCUUUCCUUACGGCAAAUGGCUCUGUCCACAUUCACUCUGCAUGGACUAGCUUAAGAAAAAAACAAACCCUGCUUUCUGACGAACAAAAUAUUUUUGUAUGUGUUUAUUUCUUAUUAAUGACUUGAGGUCAGACCACUCAUUCGCUGAAGCCAUAACUGACCUCCACCAAAUAAAUGUUGUAAAGAAGCUGGGGGAGGGUUGGGAAGAGACUGAGAGGCAGGAAAGAUCUGCAAUGUGGUGAAGGGAACGACAUAGGCAUGAGCAGGGCCAGUGGAACUGAUGUUUUCCCUGCAUCCCGAAUAUGACUUUAAAAGGCUAGUAUUUUAUGAUGAUCGAUUUAUAAAAUAAAAAGAUAUUUAGAUUUAAAUGAGACUUUCCAAUAUUUUUGAAAUCCCUGACAAUGCUUCUUUGCUUUUAGGAUUGAGAUAAAUGAUUUUCCUAUCCUUCUGGUGUUCUGAGAUUUAACGCUUCUGCCAUAGCUCCAGCCUACAGUACACGGUGCAGAGCCACUGAGUCCAGAGGUGAAGCCAAGGACUGUCUGGGGCGUGGCUGUGCCUACUCCGCGGCUGCACCUGGAGGAGCAGGGUAGGAAGGCCAGCUUGCUCCUCCUCAGCAUGCACACCACUGUUGGCAGUGCCCCGGUGCUGCAUUGCCGCAAGUAUGUAAAAUAAAAGCAUUCAUUCUGAAAAGCUAAGUAUACCUUUUUUAAAAGAGAGCAACGCCUCCUGUAGUCAACCACUGAUUUUUUCAGGAGCUGAAUUACGCUAUUACCAUAUACUCUUACCAACCUGUAGAGGCGAAAGGCAAACGACCAAUAAACCCAGUGGUAUAUGUAGUUUUUAAAUCUACAAUUUUCUGAUCUCUCUCUCUCUCUCUCUCUCUCUCUCUCUCUCUCUCUCUCUCUCUCUCUCCUUGUUUAAUAUAUAAGCCCCUAAUUUCUGUGUAUGUGAGUAAAUCUGCAGCCUGAGUCAUUUAGGAAGUAAGCAUUGAAUUUUUUUUUAACUAUAAAUAUAAUAGAUUAAAGCAGCACUCCCUAACAGCUAAAGAGAGUUUUAUAUUGCUUUAGAAUGUAAUGGGGUUCGUUUUUAUUUUAUGUCCUGUAAAUUAUUAGUUGAAUACUGUUAGCAUUCCCAGAUAAUGCACACAUGAUUUCUGAAUGUUUCCUGUAAAUGACAAUCAAUGUUUAUGACCUUCCCUCCUUCAAUGCUGAACAAAUUAAAG